AUGGCUCCGUCUACGACCACGGCGGCCAGCAGUGCCGCAACUACGACUAGUAGUGGUGAUGGCUCCUCCGGCUCAAAUGCGACUAGUUCCCCUCUUCUUUUUUUUGUCGCAUUGGGAUUUGGCGUCGUCUUCACUAAUCUCUGGAUCAUUGUUGGGGUCAAGUAUUGCUUCCGCUACAAUCAACGGAAUCGCCAGUUGCGCAACGAGGAGACUGGCGAGCCAAUAGACUUAGUUGCCAUGCCUCGUGCGCAUCGGAGACGACGAGAAAAGAAGUUGAUGAGCAUGGAUGAAGUCAACGAGCGAUUCCCACUAGUGAAAUAUAAAGUGUGGAGGUCGUCUCGUGCUAAUCAAGGCCUCCCAACCGAAGGAGGCAUCACGGCCCCCAACAGCAGACCACAGAGUCUGAAGGAUGAUGGCGGUGUUUUCUCUGCGCCAACCGGCGGUUCUACAGCUGCGAUUGCGCCCGCAUUGGAGGACGGCCCGAUGGUAUCGACCAAUCCGCCUGAACCAUCCCGUGAUGCGCAAGUCGAACCUGCGUUACGGUCUACGAAAGAACAGACUUCCAUGGGCACGAGUGCCCCGUCUACAAAUCAAGAAUCUGGUACAAAAACGACUGAAGAGAAGUGGCAACAUUCUUUGAUGAAUGAGAACCUCGAUUUGGAAGAAGAUGAAGAGGAUGGCGAUCAGAUUCGUAAAGCCGUUCCUGCAGAAUUACUUCCGAAUCCCGGCGACUCUUGUGCAAUUUGCUUGGAUAUCAUCGAAGACGAUGAUGACAUCCGUGGACUGACCUGUGGACAUGCUUUCCACGCCUCGUGUGUCGACCCUUGGUUGACAAGUCGAAGGGCUUGCUGUCCUUUGUGCAAAGCCGACUACUAUGUUCCCAAGCCCCGCUCGCAGGCAGUCGAGGGGCCGUCGGCCUCGGAUCGGCAAGGGCGUCAUACGACAUCGAUCCGCCCCGAUGGUCUCACCAGGCCCCCCCGUGCUGCGCACGCAAAUCCUUUCCGAGUGCAAAUGGUCUUCUCUGGACGCUUGUUCCAAUCAACACCCCCAGAGCCACAAACGCGACCUCUUCGAAUGGGAGGGCGCUCAAGACAGCCUCAUGGCGAAUCGCAAGAGCCGAAUGAAUCGUUGCCCCGGGAGGGCUUAUCACGAUUGCUGCCAGCGCGUCUACGAGGCCUUUCAUCUCGGACUUCCACCACGGGAGCAGCUUAUGAACCAUCGUCCGAAACCGAUGGAUCGCCCAUUAAUACGGUCGCCGGCCAACGCCGCACGCCUGGCCAACUCGAAGCGGGCACUUGA